CUCCAUCUUGCUUGCUUGUUCGGCGGAGCGCUGAGUUGUACAUUUCUGGUGUGGGUGGAAGUGUACCUGCCAUGCCGCAUUACCAGACCUGGGAGGAGUUCACUCGCGCUGCCGAGAAGCUCUACUUGUCCGAUCCUAUGAAGGUGCGUGUGGUACUCAAAUACCGACACUGUGAUGGAAAUCUGUGCAUCAAAGUAACAGAUGAUGUUGUUUGUCUACUCUAUAGGACAGACCAAGCUCAAGAUGUAAAGAAGAUUGAGAAAUUCCACAGUCAACUAAUGCGACUCAUGGUAGCCAAAGAAUCCCGGAGUGUUGCCAUGGAAACAGACUGAAUAUCUGGAAAUAAAAAUGAAUGCUCUAGUUAUAUUUCACAGGAGGAAAGUAUCACUUGGAUUUAGGAAAACGUUGGAGCAGAAAUGUUGUGGCAUCAAGUAGAUUAUUAAAAUCGAAAGUGGGUUUUGUAAAGAAUUUUUAGGCUCCACUUCAGAGUGGCUAGCAGAACAUAUGCUUUCAUUUGAAAGCCUCUAUUUAUUUAUUUUUAAUUUGAGCAAGAGAAUGUAUGUCCUUCUCUGGAAAUACUAAAGGUUAAACUGUGUUAGGCUGAUUUGUACACUUGCUUUUGUAACUCUAAAGCACUCUGCUUAAAAAAGAGGUAACAUGUUCAUUCCUCUGGGGGGUUGCAGGGUGCUAUCAUGUAGAGGGAUUUCUUUUUAUUCUUAAUGAUUUUAUGUUUUUGUGUAGAAACUGGAUGUAAUGCACAUAUAUAUAUGAGAAUAUGUUACUGGGUUAGCAAAAGGUAGAACUAGCAACACAGCCCAUGGAGAAUCAUUUAAUGUAUCUGGCUUGUUCUGUUCAAAACUAAUAUUGGCCUGGAAUCUCUUACUACUCAGUAUUCAUGUAGGAUCAACAAAAAUACAAACACCUACCCCACAUUGGUCACAGGCAAAUGAUCAUGGCUAUAGAUAUGGUAUUCUGCUUGAGCUUUCUAUCAGAGAUGCUGCUAAAUGAAACCACACUUUGGUCCAUAGGAAGGAGCUAAUAAUACAUUCUGAACAGGAAUGCAUUUGCAUUAUUCUUGCUGUACACACCCAGUGUUAAAUAUUUGAGGUUGCAAAUGCAUCUUUACAGUUUUGAAAAUAGCAAUCAUCAGGGUUACCUUCUGACUACUAUAUGCCAUAGACUACAGAGCCACUGCCUUUUAAACUUUAAAUGCUUAAAUUGCUUCAUAUCUCUUAUGAAGGUACCACCAAAUACUAAACGUUACUGUAUUCUGUGAAUGGUACUACUCACUGUCAAAUAUAACCAUCCACAGAGAGAAGGAAAGCUCCUCAGCUACAUGAAGGGAACAAUCAAGCUUCCUUCCCUCUUCCUCCAAGUCAUUCCAGCUAGAUGAGUGAGAAAGCCUGUAAGACUCUAGUUUUGGGGGCUUGCAGGCAUUGCCACAGGAUUGCACUGAUGAAGUGGGGGAAGUGUUUUUACUAUAUCAAAUGGAAAUGAGUUCUAUUGCCAUAGUAUUCACCAAGAAAGCAGUUUUUGGAUAUUGUCUUAAACUGGUAGAAAACAAUUUCUUGUAGGGGGUGUUGAUACACUCUGGUAUAUUUACUAAAGCAUGAUAUAUUGCCUCAUGUCACUUCAAGUGCUAUUAUGACAUCAGCAAAAUAAAAGACUCGCCAGUACUGUCA